GCUCCAUAGUCAAUUCAAAUAUGGAGUCUAUCUUCCACGAAAAACAAGAGGGCUCCUUAUGUGCCCAGCACUGCCUCAAUAAUCUACUUCAGGGGGAAUACUUCACUCCAGUUGAGCUGUCGUCCAUCGCACAGCAGUUGGAUGAAGAGGAACGGAUAAGGAUGGCUGAAGGCGGUGUGCUUAGUGAGGAGUACAGAACAUUUUUAGAGCAACCGUCCGGGAACAUGGAUGACAGCGGCUUCUUUUCCAUUCAAGUGAUAAGUAAUGCCCUAGGAGUAUGGGGUUUGGAGCCCCUCCUCUUUAACAGCCGCGAAUACCAGCGACUAAUGAUCGACCCUGUAAAUGAAAAAGCCUUUAUAUGUAACUACAAAGAACAUUGGUUUACAGUACGAAAGCUUGGACAGCAGUGGUUUAAUUUGAACUCAUUGUUAACGGGACCAGAGCUAAUAUCGGAUACAUAUCUGGCACUUUUCCUUGCACAGUUACAGCAAGAAGGGUAUUCCAUUUUUGUGAUUCGAGGGAACUUGCCUGAAUGUGAAGCGGAUCAGAUUUUGCGCAUCAUGAGGGUGGAGCAGCAACAUCGACCAAAACUCAUUGGAGAGGAGGAGGCUCAGACAAGCAGUGGCCAAAGGACUUCACUGCAGCACGCAUCAGAGACUAGACAUGGCAUGGAAGAGGAUGAGGAGGAGCUGAGAAAGGCUUUAGCUCUGAGCAGACAGGACAUGGAGGUGGAGGACGAGGAGGCAGACCUGCGCAGAGCCAUUCAGCUCAGUAUGCAGGGUGUUUCAGAGAGCAGUAACACUACAGGUUGCAAGGAGGUUGGGGAAAAACCUGCCAUGACCCCGGCUCCUGUAGAAGCUACCACGGGUGGUGUGUCUGAAGGCAGUCUGAGUGAAAGCCUCACAACAGAGGAGCUCCGCAGGAGGAGACAGGCUUACUUUGACAGGCAGUCCCAACAGGCUCAGCCAACCUCUCCACAUCAACAGGACACAACAACGGCUGGUGAAGAACAGGGCACUGGGUGUAAAUGCAGCCAGUGAGGACACAGUGGCCAUAGGCAUCUACAGCCACAGCUCUGUUACCAGUAACUAGCUGCCCUCUCCAUCUCUUUUAAACAAGAGCAACCUUUUCCCUCUUUAAGCCAUUGCGGUGUGGGAAUGAACAGAAGGACCAGAUUGCCAUCCACCACUAACACAACACCCCUGUGGAUCCACUCACCAGGCUGUCAUAUGGACAGAGUUAAAAGAAAUGACACUGAAACGCAAGUGUUCGAGCAUCGUCUACCCCUUACAGAAAGGCCACUAAUGUACGUACAAGUGUUCGAACAUUAGCUACCCCUUAAAGAAAGGCCACGUUUGCGGAAGUGUUUGAGCAUUAUCUACCCCUUAAAGUGGCACUGUGUGCGCUUCUGCUUUACUCCUUAAAGUCAGGAUAGAGGAACGAGGAGUGCUCAGCAGCGCACUACAGUCUUCCUCACUAAAUUUUGAUAUGGCCUUUUUACCACAGCACCUUUAAACAAGUAAAUAUAGUUUUCAUCACAUUGAUCUGUUUGUAGUUUGUUGGCCUUGGUGGAAGAGGAGGCAUGCAAUUGGAGCCCACUGUGAUGAUAAAAUUAGAAAUUCAGAGGGUGUAGUCACACACAUAUCAGUUGGUGGGGGGUGAAUGGAAAGAAACAAGUGCUUCUGUAGGGUGCAGGGGCCACCGAGGACCACUUAAGUGUCUGUGCUUAUUGGGUACACCACAGCCUGUCUUGUCUUUCUUUGCCAGGGAUAUUUAUAAAGUGGCAAUGUUUACUUGUGAAUUCUCAUGCAGUACCUGUCUAAAGUAGGGUAGUGCUGUAGGGAUUGUUUAAAAAAAGACUCGACUACCAUUUCCUUGGUGUGAGUUCAGUGACAUAAAGGUGCAUUGUAACCUUUUUAUGUACAUCUCAAAGGGGGGCGUGGUUAGAAGUCAACUGAAUGGAAAUAUUGACAAGUCUUGCUCUACUCCAUACAACUGAAGUUGAGCUCUGUCUUUUAAAUAUGAGAAAUCUAGAUUAAGGUAAAGGCCACAACAAUGGGCAGUAUUUGCACUGCAGGGAUGUGUAGCUCUCAAUAUAAUCUAACGGCUACUGCUGUUUAUUCUUUGUGUGUGUGUGUGUGUGUGUGUGUGUGUGUGUGUGUGUGUGUGUGUGUGUGUGUGUGUGUGUGUGUGUGUGUGUGUGUGUGUGUGAGCGAGCACGCAUGCGCACCAAGCUUAAGGGAUAAUCUGCUGUUGUUCAGUGCAUGUUCACUGGAAUGUGAACCUGCAGUGUAUGGAAUAAGAAGUAUACAUUGUAUUGGCUGCCCAGUUAAGUUAUGACCCUGCUUAAUAACCAUUUUCCUUCCAACGCAGUAAAGUUAUGCAGCUUUACUAAGUGUGUUUACAGGUACCUCUCACUGGAUUGCCAGUGUUUAUAAUAUCUAGGAAUUAUGCUAAUUGAGUAUGACAUAUGGUGCAGCAGUCGCUAGACUACUAGUCACUUGUAAGUGGUCACGUGUGAUGUGUGUAUGGUGGUAAUGUAAGGAUGUGGGCUACUGCAAGAUUAAAAUGUAUGUCUUUUCCCCCAUUUAAAAAAAAAAGUCCUUUCUAAUAGAUACCUGCUUUCUGUUUAUUUUAUCAUUAAAUCUGGCAGCCUUUUUCUUUCAGUACAUAUUCCUCCUCUCAGUUUUUUUGCAGUAGACUCUAAGCAAUUGUAUUGCUUAUGCACCAAUGAUAAUUUCAUUUAUAGCUGUUGAUUUUUUUUUAAAGACUUAAAAUAAAAAAAAAAAUCCCUUCAAA